GUCGCCUCAUCCGCCACGCCCCCCGCUUCGUGGUACUUCGACCCCCUCGUCGUUCCGACGCUGGAGCGGGAAAAAGUCUUCGCCAAGGGUUGGACCUGGGCCGGCCGUCUCGACCAGGUGGCGACGAACGGGUCCUACCUCGUGGGUGCCACCGGUACGGUCAAGUACGUCGUGGUGAGGGGCGAGGAUGGCGUUUUGCGCGCGUUUCACAACGCGUGCAGGCACCACGGGAUGGAAAUCGCGAACUGUCCGAAAUCCACCGCGAAGUGCUUCGCGUGCCCGUACCACGGCUGGACCUACGACCUCGACGGCUCGCUCGUCAAGGCGACCAAGAUCGGCGGGAUGAGGGAUUUCGUCGUCGCCGAACACGGCCUGAAACCCAUACGGGUCGCGGAGUGGGGACCGUUCGUGAUGCUCCGCCUGGGUGACCCGGCGACGGAGGAGGAGGAGGAGGAGGAGGAGGAGGAGGAGGCGCCUAUAGAGGCGUGGAUGGGACCGGACGUCGCCGCGAAGAUAUCCGCGUCGUGGUCGGACGACCCGAAGUCGAUGCGUUUCGUCGCGCGGCGAGAGUACCGCCUCCGGUGCAACUGGAAAGUGUUCGCGGACAACUACCUGGACGGAGGGUACCACGUGCCGUUCGCGCAUCCGGCGCUCGUGACGGACGGGGUGGACAUGAGAAAGUACGAGACGGAAGUUUACGGCGAGUACGUCUCCGUGCAGACGCACGGGGCUCCAGCCGCGGAGUUGACCAGGCUGGGCGACUCCGCGCUCUACGCGUUCGUCUACCCGAACCUGAUGAUCAACCGGUACGGGCCGUGGAUGGACGUCAACGUCGUGUUACCCACCGGACCGAACGAGUGCAUGGUUUUGUUCGACUAUUUCAUCCGCGCCGACGCCACGGGGGCGACGGAUGCGUUUGUGAACGAAUCGCUCCGAGCGUCGGACGCGGUGCAAUCGGAGGACAAAUGGCUGUGCGAGAAGGUUCAGGGCGGGCUCGAGUCGCCGGGGUACGGAACCGGGCGGUACGCGCCCGCGAUGGAGGCGGCGAUGUAUCACUUUCACCGGCGGCUGUGGCGAGAUCUCACCGCGGAG